AUGCAGAGGCUGCGCACCACCUUCAAACGCUCCCGCACCCCCACGCCCGCCGACAUGAAGACCCAGAGCAGCCUCGAGGUGCCCAAGCAGGUUCGAUCAGCCUCCUUCGAUGAGAUCCAAUUGGAAGCUGCGCGGGGGUCCAGUGCCAACACCCUACUCUCGGUGCCCCAGCAUGGAGGCCGGAGUCGCUCCUUCGACUCCGCUGGCUCGGAUGACUCCGGCACUUAUCUCGAGGUGCCGCGUCUAUGGUCGAGACGUCGCUCCGGGAAGGGCACACCGCCGCCAUGCGUCCACUGCCGCCACAUGGAGACGUGGCUCGCGCGCCAAAGCGAGGAGAGGUUCACGCCCGAGCGGCCCGCUGCCUCCUCCUCGGCGGAGGACGAAGACGAGGACGACGAGAGCGAGGGAGACUCGCCGAGGGUCCUACUAGCGCCCACUCCGCCGCUGACAACCCUCGUUCCGCCCCCACCGCAGUCGCCCCCACCGUCCCCUGGCGCGCCCUCGUUCGAGCUGCAGCCGCCGAGCGACGAGCCGCCCGUUCCGCCCCAGAGAAGGAGGUCUAUAUCCAGACAGGAGGCCUUCUUCGUCGAGCCGACCGGCAGCUCCCUGGAGAACGUGCGGGCCUCCGAGCAGGAUGCGAACGGCGCUUGCAGGGAUACCUUCGUCCACGACAUAUAUCUCGCGGUGCCCGAGUUGAAACGCGACCGCGCCGCGUCUGUGGACUCGUGCUUCUCGAAGGUGUCGGGCGCCAGGGCCGAGGAGCUGAGCGGUGCCGGAGACUCCUUGACAGUGCCCGGGACAGGGCUGCGCUCCCGCUCCGUGGAUAUCGUGCUGCCGACCGCCGAGCAGAGCCGCUACAAGGCGCUCGCUUUGACCUCGUCCCAAGCCCCAUCGCCUCUGCAGCAUCAGGCACCCGAGGAAACGGUCGCCAUCGUCCUACAGCCUCUCGACGAAAGGUCAGUGGAU